AAUUGUGCGGGACUCCAGGAUACCUGGCUCCAGAAAUUCUACUUUGCUCAAUGGAUGAAACUCACCCUGGAUACAGCAAAGAAGUGGAUUUGUGGAGUUGUGGAGUAAUUAUGUACACACUGCUGAGUGGCUCACCACCUUUCUGGCACCGGAAGCAGAUGCUAAUGCUCAGGAUGAUCAUGGAUGGAAAUUACAAUUUUGACUCUCCAGAAUGGCAAGAUCGAUCAGAAACUGUGAAGGAUCUGAUUUCCCACCUUCUGGUCGUGAAACCUGAGAAUCGAUUCACAGCAGAUCAAGCCCUAGCACACCCUUUCUUCCAGCAAUAUGUGGUCGAGGAAGUCCGCCAUUUCAGUCCUUUCAGAAAGUUUAAG